AUGGCAGGCGAUAGACAAUUUCAUAUAGCAGACUAUGUUGUAUUUUCCUUGACAAUGAUAAUUUCUAUUGCCAUCGGUAUCUACCAUGCCCGAAAACGUCGUUCGGCAUCAACGAAUGAUUACAUGGUUGGAAGUAGAAGCAUGAGGAGCUUCCCACUUGCCUUAUCAAUGGUGGUGAGCUUCGAAUCUGCCAUUUUGGUUCUUGGUUUUCCAGCUGAAAUCUACACUCAUGGUAUCAUCUUUUUCUGGAUAAUCAUUUCAGUUCCACUGUCACAUUUGAUUGUGUAUCGUAUUGUUCCUCGAGUUAUUUAUCCACUGAAAAUAACGACCAUUUAUGAAUAUUUUGACUUGUGUUUCAAAUCGAAAGCUGUUCGAACAUUGGCCUCGAUUUUGGCUCUGGUACAUCAGGUUAUAUAUAUGGGAGUUGUGUUAUUUGGUCCAGCCAUCGCCCUGCAAGCUGUUGUCGGGUUUCCAUUUGAAUGGUCUAUAAUAGUUUUAGCUAGUGUCUCUAUACUUUAUACAUCCACUGGUGGAUUUCGGGCUGUAAUAUGGACGGACGUGUUUCAGUCUGGCAUUAUGAUCCUAGGUGCCAUUGUAGUUUUGAUCAAGGGAACUAUAGAUGCUGGUGGACCGGCCGAAAUUUAUGAACACAAUCUCAAAGGGGAAAGACUGACGUUAUUCAAUUUUGACUUCAACCCAUCAGUUCGUCAUACAACUUGGUGCCUUCUCUUCGGUGGACUAGUGAAGGGUUUGAGUUUUGGCCUAAAUCAAGCAAGUAUUCAAAGGAUAUCAUCGGCAUCCGACCAAAGGACUUCUGAGAGAGCGCUGCUGAUGUGUAUUCCAUUAUAUUUUAUCACUACACUAAUACCUAUUGCACAUGGACUGAUCAUCUACGGUUAUUAUAGCAAGAUCAGAUGUGAUCCUUUGGCUAAUGAAGAGAUAGAAAAUUCCAAUCAGAUUAUAGCACUAUUCGUAAUAGACGUGUUUAAGUCACUGCCUGGUUUAGCUGGUCUGUUUAUAGCCGCACUUUUUAGUGCAUGUUUAAGGUAG